UGACCAUUAGAUUUUAUGCGGGACGUACACAUUUUGUGUCCGAAAUGGUAGAAAAUAUUGUACGAUACGCCUUUUGUGGCAACUGAUAAUUAUCACAACAACAACAACAGCUGACAGGUGCCUCUCCAGUACCACUGGGUGACGUGCCUCUCCAGUGCCACCGGGUGACGUGCAUCUCCAGUGCCACCGGGUGACGUGCCUCUCCAGUGCCACCGGGUGACGUGUCUCUCCAGUGCCACCGGGUGACGUGCCUCUCCAGUGCCACCGGGUGACGUGCCUCUCCAGUGCCACCGGGUGACGUGCCUCUCCAGUGCCACCGGGUGACGUGCCUCUCCAGUGCCACCGGGUGACGUGCCUCUCCAGUGCCACCGGGUGAUGUGCAACUGCAGUACCGUCAAAUGAACGGGGAAAUACAGCUGUAUCCCCAUCAAUUGCUCCAAUGUUUAACGAUUCUUCGCGGCAGGGGAUCGUAUUCCAGGGACCAUAGGAUUAAGGACUUGCCCGAAACGCUACGCGUACUAGUGGCUGUACAAGAAUGUGAUAACUCUUGUAUAUAUCUCAAAAAAAAAAAAAAAAAUGUGGACUCCAGUACAGCCGAGUUCAUAUAGUCUAAUGUCAUUAUAGCCUCAAAAACAACAACUCGCUGCAAACCUGCCGGUCAACACCUAACAUGAUGGACCAGAUUUAUGAAGAACUUGAGGCCAUUGAAGCCAUAUUCUGCAGGGAAAAUGAGUUUUCUCUACACUCAAAGGAUAUCUCUUCUGUAGAAUUUGCGGUUACAACAAGCCCGAUAGCCAGUCCAGACUUGGAGAUAACUGUAGUGUUUAACUUGUCUGCAAACUCUUAUCCCAAUGAACCUCCGUCAGUGUCUGUACAGUGCUCCUCGUUGACACGCGUGGAGUGCGACAGCGUGAAAACCUUUUUGAAAAAUAUUGCGGAGUCAUGCUGUGGAGCACCAAUGAUUCUGAACCUUCUCACAGCUUUACAAGAAAACGAAGACAUUAGAGGAACACCUCGGAAUACACCUACAUUAGAAAACGACACAAGACCUAUAACAUGUGUACUGCACCUAGACCACAUGCGGAAUAAAACAAGAUACCUUAAAACAAUAAAAAGCUGGUGUGAAGAGUUGGACCUAUUCGGACGGAUAAUAUUCUGUGUGCAUUGGAUAUUUAUUAUUUUACAAGGGAAUGAGGAAAAUAUGAAGAUAUAUCUCCAGAGGAACAGAACUCAGUGCGUGGAUGUUGACUCAUCGGGCAAACCAUGUAAAGAACGGUUGUUGUCUGUGCUUUACCAAGGUUGUCAUCACAAGAAGUUCAUGGAUUUUGAAGUAUGCCAGGUAGAAAAUAUUGCCGAAUUAAGAAGUUGGAUGGCAAAUUGUAGCUCAUUAGAUUUAUUUAAAGAUGUCAUAGCACCAGUCAUCUCUAAACGAUAAAUUAUUUUAUUGUAUUGAGAGCACUGGAACUAUAAUUAACAUAACAUCAUUAAAGGAGAAUGUAACAAAACAAGUUAAUUUAGCAAAUUUAAUGUAUUCAGAGCAGCUUUAGUCUGUAACAGUGCACAUCUCCAUGUCUCUUACUCGUUAAAAAAAGUGUUGUUGUCUAGAAAUUACAAAGGGUGUGUGUCUGAAUGUAUGAUUUAUUGUUUCAUUUACAACAUAAACUUGCCAAUGAUCUGUUUCUCUGCCAACAGUGCAUCUACCAAUCUUUUAAUGACUGGUAGUCUCUUACUUUAGUUUCAAAUGUUAUUGAUGUAUUUUCUGAAUUGUGAAAUGUGCUUCCCCAUUUUAACCUCUAUUGUUGGAGUCAAAAUUAUUCUAUAGGACAAUCAUUGAAUGCUGUGAUAUUAAAUCUGACAUAAAAGAUAAGUUCAAGAAU